CGAGCUGCCAACCAGUGAAGACGCUGGAUGUGAUAAAUUUGAGGGCACGGCAAUUGUAUUACUGCAGUUGCCACAUUCAGUAACCACAAUGCCAAAGCAAAUUACCGAUAUCCGUGACUUCCUCCAGAAGGCACGCCGAAAGGAUGCCCGUUCGGUGAAGAUCAAGAAGACCGACAAGGUGGUCAAGUUCAAGAUCCGUUGCUCCAAGUACUUGUACACGUUGUGCGUGACGGACACCGAAAAGGCCGACAAGUUGACGCAGUCGCUCCCUCCUGGUCUGCAACGCAAGGACAUCUAAAUCUCGCGAUUUUAACCGGUAGUUUCGGAAACUCAAUUGUGGCGUGAAUCGCAUCACCGGCGGAGACCAGCGCUUGCUAGAGUCGCCUCCUGCAAGUAACUACAACAAUCCAAUGGUUUUGUCACUGCA